AUGCGUCUCACCGCCACCCUCCUCACGUUAGCAUCGGCCAUCUCUGCCGCCCAUGCGUUCUGCUACGCAGGCGGCAGGUCAGGAAACUACGGCGAGUGGUUGAAGGAAAAAGACAUCACCGUAGACACCGAACGUCUUAGCUUCGCAUGUACCAACCUGAUAGGCCAGGGUUAUGUGAAGUUCGGCCCUUUCGAGACGAGAAGGACUUGUAUGCAACAGGACUUGCGUACCAAAUGGGACUUUACCAUCAAGAGCAUGGUCGACCCAGGUGGUAACGGCGAAUCGAAUUUAUCAAUGGAAAAGUGCAUGGAGAUUCUGGGAAAAGAGGCAUACGGCUGUGCAUACGGCGGGGAAACAGUGAAAGAGGCUUGGUUCGCCAGCUGCAUGGGCUGA